UGGAUACGUAAUUAAAAGAAAAUCAUAAAAAUUUCCACUCAUGUUCUCAUAUAUUUGAUUUGGUAUUUAUAAGAUUCGACAAAAAUAGUGGUCACAAAAAACUGAUAAAAACUUCUUAAACCUAAUUUAUAUAUUCUUAAUUUAUAAAAACAUAGGACUAGUGAAACAAAACCUUUUUAUUUUAUUUUUCCGAACAAGUUAACCUCCAAAUAAAAAUAUAUUUAAUAAUCUAUACUGUAAAUUUUAUAACGGGCCUUAAUGAAAAAAGUAUCAUAUAAGAUUCUUUUCUUAGUAAAAAAAAGAAUAAAUUUAAAAAAGAAGGGAAUUAAAUAUAGAAAAUAAAUAAUUAAAAAAAAGAAGGUUAGAGAUACGCAAAGCCCUCCUCCUCCUCUUCCUCUUGCCACUCUCGUCCCGCUUUGCCUCUUUUAGAACUCACAAGAGAGAGAUAGAUAGAGAGAGAGAAGAUGUGUUCAAAAAAAAAAAAAAAAAGAUAGAGAGAGAGAAGAAAAAGAAGAGAGACUCAUAUUCUCUCAUAAGCAUAUAGGCACAACAAAAAACUCUCUCUCUCUCUCCCUCUUUCUCUUUCUGCACAUUCUCAGAUUCUGUCUCCUCUUCGUCGUAAUUUGUAACACUUCUCCAUCGCCCCCAAGCGUCGCAGGUUUGAGGUUAUAGGAAGAUGGGAUACAUAGGAGCACAUGGGGUAGCAGCUCUGCAUAGACACAAAUACAGUGGUGUGGAUCACUCUUAUCUUGCCAAAUACGUUCUCCAACCUUUUUGGAAUCGUUUUGUCAAAAUCUUCCCUCUCUGGAUGCCACCCAACAUGAUAACACUGACAGGGUUCAUGUUUCUCAUCAUAUCUGCGCUCUUAGGCUAUGUAUACUCACCUCAGUUGGAUUCUCCUCCUCCUCGAUGGGUUCACUUGGCACAUGGACUUCUUCUCUUUUUGUAUCAGACAUUUGAUGCGGUUGAUGGGAAACAAGCACGAAGAACAAACUCCAGUAGCCCACUCGGAGAGCUCUUUGAUCACGGUUGUGAUGCACUUGCUUGUGCGUUUGAAACAAUGGCAUAUGGGAGUACUGCCAUGUGUGGAAGAGAUACGUUCUGGUUCUGGAUUAUAUCAGCUAUUCCAUUUAUUGGAUCUACAUGGGAAACCUAUUUUACCAAUAUACUGACUCUCCCGGUAGUCAAUGGUCCUACAGAAGGUCUUGCACUUAUUUACUGUGGUCACUUCUUCACAGCCAUUGUUGGUGCUGAAUGGUGGGCUCAGCAGUUUGGAGAGUCAAUCCCCUUGUUUAGUUGGGUGCCCUUCUUGAGCGAGAUUACAACAUCAAGAGUAGUACUAAUAACGAUGGUUGCUUUUGCUGUUAUACCAACACUUGCAUUCAGCGUGUCGAAUGUAUACAAAGUUAUACAGCCAAGAAAAGGAAGCAUGUUUGUAGCAUUAUCUAUGCUGUUUCCAUUCGUUGGGUUACUUGCAGGAGUUUUGAUUUGGGACUAUUUGUCUCCAACUGAUCUCAUAAGAAACUACCCUCACUUAGUUGUACUGGGAACUGGUCUUGCAUUUGGAUUCAUUGUGGGAAGAAUAAUUCUAGCUCACAUAUGUGAUGAACCAAAAGGAUUAAAAACAAACAUGUGCAUGUCACUGCUUUACCUUCCCUUUGCACUAGCAAAUGCUCUAACCGCUAGACUCAACAACGGGGUUGCUCUUGUGGAUGAGUUUUGGGUGCUUCUUGGUUAUUGUAUAUUCACAAUGGCACUAUACAUGCAUUUUGCAACCUCAGUCAUUCAUGAAAUCACUACUGCACUUGGAAUCUACUGCUUCAGGAUUACACGUAAAGAAGCUUGAAGGAAGCUUAAGGGAGGAUAAUGCGAAUCCCAACACGAAUCUUAAUAUUAUUUUUUUCACUGAAAUUAAACGACUGAUCGAUAUAUUUUUGGAUGAAUAGCCUUUAAUGUUUUUAUUUUGUUUGGUCGAAAUAGGUAAUUCAUGUAGAACUAUUUUUGUAACGUUUCUACGAAAAAGAAUGAUUUUUCGUGAUUAUUUAUUUAUGAAUUUGGUUAUAUUGAUUACAUUUUUGAGGUCU